CAUUUUUGUCCUGAUGAGGAUAGCCUUGAAAUCUUAAUUGAUGAAUUCAACAGGGAAAAUGAACUUGAUGACUCUGUUCAAGCAAUGGAACACAAAAAUGCUCAAUUUCUUCUAAAAACAAAAGAAAUCAAUCUGCUCACACAAAAAUGUGUGGAUAACAUUGUAGAAGAUUCCACUGAACUUGUCCAAGGAACAGUCAAAGCAAUUAAACACGGUUUGCAAAAUUGCUUAGAGAAAGCUGGAUUAAAUUAUAAUGAUGUGCCAGGUCUUGAUGAAUUAUUUGAUGAAGGACAUGCUAUCUCAAAUCCACUCAAACAUAUUUCCACAAAGUAUAAACAGAAUGCUUAUUUUGAGGAGCAUUUUGGCUUAGUUCAACUCAGACGAAUUAAACUUGGACACAGAGUUGUGAAAAGACUUUCAAGGACUGUGUACAAAGAGGUUAUUAAAGAUGAUGAAAUCAUUUACAUACCACUGCUUAAAUCCUUGGAAAAAAUGCUCAAUGUAAAAGAGUACUUGAACAGGUCAGAUUGUUAAUA